AUGCUCCCCUCGCUCAUCCGUCGUGUGGCUCCCUCCCGUGUUGCACUGGUACCGCUGUUCGCGGCACUGAAGACGACUACACUGCAACAGGCGCCCGGUGGCAUUACCCAAGGGGACAACAGACACCCAUCUUGCUCAGGAGAGGACGCCGCUUUGGGUGCUCUACAGCAGUCGCCUCAAUCGAAACUCUCGUUGCAGGAACCGCUGCGGCCAUUAACAGCAACUGCCGCGGACGGUAAUUCCGUGCCCAUUGUUUCCAACAUUGCAAGGGAAAGGGGAUACAUUGUCGACGCCAACCGUAGUUAUUUCAGCACCGGCGCUAACAAGUGCAGCGAUGCUACUGCGAUAGACGGUGGUGUACCGCAACCGGUUGAGGAUCCCCUUGUUCACAUGCUGCGGUGUGAAGAAGAGUUACUUCACACCUCCGUGGAACGGUUGAACGCAGAGCGCAAACUUGCGGAAAUGAAGCGCCGUUUUGGGGAUGAGAUGUCCGCUUUGCAUGAGGGACUGAAGGCUCGUGAAGAGAAAGUGAGUCGUAUGGUCCGCCGCGCCGCCAGGGAGAGCGGCGUCCACACUCACUCAGUACAACCGGCCGCUGUAGUGUCUUAUGCAACAGCGACCGACGAUUGGGGCGAGGUGGGUAAGGGUGUUGCGGGUGAUAUUGUGGAUGACGGUGACAAUGUUGGCCACCGCUGCGGUGACGACGGUGAGAUUGCAGACAACGGGACGCAGACGCCACGAUUACCCGAUGAUACGUUUGUAAAGCUGCAAGAUCCUGAAGAAGAUGAUGCAAGCACCGAGGAUGACGAUAUUAGUUCUUCCGAAGUGUAUGCCGACGUCCCGAGCCCCGGAAGAGGACAAAAAAGAGCAACCUCUAGUGAGGGAACCGUCGCUAAGCGCAGAGGAAGGCCACCGUCUUUGAAGGCCGCCUCGAAUAAAGAAACCAAAAAGCAUGCGGGUUCAAGGGCUCGAGGUGCCUCUGCCCGAGGUGAACGGAAGGACAACGCUAUGCGAACAGCGUCGUUUGCGCGGGCCGCAUCAGGGAGCGGGAAGAGUCCAGCCAGCAGAAAGGUGUCACAGACCAAAAAGGCUCCUCAAGUCGGAAGGGCAUCUCAAACCAGGAAGGCUGUCCAGGCUCAGAGGCCCCUGAAGCAACAGCAACAACGGCAGUCGAAGGUUGGUGCGAAUAGCAGAGGCCGGGGCAGCGGUGUUAGGGGAGAAAGGGGUCGAAGAGGCACAGUCGGUGGAGACAGUAAAAGUAUUACUCACCCUAGAGGCUCAACAGCUUCCGGGCGGCAGACUGCUGCGACGCGGAAGAGAGCAGGUAAGAAGUAA